CUCCAUGGCUGAUGAGGCUGGCCGGGCACUUUCAAAAUGGCGGAGUGCGGAGCGAGCGGCGGCGGGAGCAGCGGAGACACCCUGGUCAAGAGCAUCACGCUGCCUCCCGACGAAGUCUUCCGUAACCUAGAGAACGCCAAACGCUUCGCCAUUGACAUAGGUGGAUCACUAACCAAGCUUGCCUACUAUUCAACAGUGCAGCACAAAGUGGCCAAAGUGAGGUCCUUCGACCACUCUGGAAAGGACACUGAGCAGGACCAUGAGCCCCCCUAUGAGGUCUCAGUUCAGGAAGAGAUCACAGCUCGUCUGCAUUUCGUCAAGUUCGAGAACACCUACAUCGAGGCCUGCCUGGACUUCAUCAGAGACCACCUGGUCAACACAGAGACCAAGGUCCUCCUGGCCACUGGGGGCGGGGCCUACAAAUUCAAGGACCUCAUUGAGGAGAAGCUGCAGCUGACAGUAGACAAGGAGGACGUGAUGACCUGCUUGAUAAAGGGGUGCAACUUUGUGUUGAAGAACAUCCCAAACGAGGCCUUCGCCUAUCAGAAAGAUGCCGAGCCAGAGUUCCGCUUCCAGACAAACCACGCCAACAUAUUCCCGUACCUCCUGGUCAAUGUUGGCUCUGGGGUCUCCAUCGUGAAGGUGGAGACAGAGGACCAGUUCGAGUGGAUUGGCGGCAGCUCCAUUGGCGGUGGCACCUUCUGGGGACUUGGGGCACUGCUUACCAAGACAAAGAAGUUUGACGAGCUGCUGCACCUGGCCUCCAAGGGCCAGCACGCCAACGUGGACAUGUUGGUGCAGGACAUCUAUGGCGGCGCUCACCAGACACUGGGGCUCAGCGGCAACCUCAUCGCCAGCAGCUUUGGGAAGUCAGCCACGGCUGACAGAGAGUUUUCCAAAGAAGACAUGGCCAAGAGCCUGCUGCACAUGAUCAGCAAUGACAUCGGGCAGCUCGCCUGUCUUUAUGCAAGGCUCCACGGCCUGGACAGAGUGUACUUCGGGGGCUUCUUCAUCCGGGGCCACCCUGUGACCAUGCACACCAUCACCUACAGCAUUAACUUCUUCUCCAAGGGUGAAGUGCAGGCGCUGUUCCUGAGACACGAAGGCUACCUGGGGGCCAUCGGAGCAUUCCUGAAAGGAGCCGAGCAAGAUAAUCCUAACCAGUACAGCUGGGGCGAGAACUACGCGGGCAGCUCUGGCCUGAUGAGCACAUCACCCGAGCUGUGUCUGACACAGCGGGCACGGAGUGGCACAUUUGACCUGCUGGAAAUGGACCGGCUGGAAAGGCCCCUGGUCAACCUACCCCUCCUCCUGGACCCAUCCUCCUACGUGCCUGAUACAGUGGACCUCACAGAUGAUGCCCUGGCCCGGAAGUACUGGCUCACCUGCUUCGAGGAGGCCUUGGAUGGGGUGGUGAAACGCGCGGUGGCCAGCCAGCCCGAGUCGGUGGAUGCGGCUGAGAGGGCCAGGAAGUUCCGGCAGAAGUACUGGAGUAAGCUUCAGACGCUGCGGCACCAGCCCUUCGCUUACGGGACACUGACUGUGCGCAGCCUGCUGGACACGAGGGAACACUGUUUGAACGAGUUCAGCUUCCCAGAUCCCUACUCCAAGGUGAAGCAGAAGGAAAAUGGCAUCGCACUCAGGUGCUUCCAGUGCGUGGUCCGAGCCCUGGACGCACUGGGCUGGGAGGAGAGGCAGCUGGCGCUGGCAAAGGGGCUGCUGGCGGGCAACGUCUUUGAUUGGGGGGCCAAGGCCGUGUCCGAUGUCCUUGAAUCUGACCCCCAGUUUGGGUUUGAAGAAGCGAAAAGGAAGCUACAAGAGCGCCCAUGGCUCGUGGAUUCCUACAGCAAGUGGCUUCAGAGAUUAAAGGGGCCCCCUCAUAAAUGUGCCUUAAUUUUCGCAGAUAACAGUGGAAUAGACCUCAUUUUGGGAGUCUUCCCCUUUGUCAGGGAGCUACUCCUUAGAGGGACGGAGGUCAUCCUGGCGUGCAACUCGGGCCCCGCCCUGAACGAUGUCACCUACAGCGAGUCUCUCAUCGUGGCUGAGCGCAUCGCAGCCAUGGACCCCAUCAUCCACUCUGCUCUCCAAGAAGAGAGGCUGCUACUGGUGCAGACGGGAUCCAGCUCCCCGUGCCUCGAUCUCAGCCGCCUGGACAAGGGACUGGCCGUGCUGGUACGGGAGCGCGGUGCCGACCUGGUGGUCAUCGAGGGCAUGGGCCGUGCCGUGCAUACCAACUACCACGCAGCGCUGUGCUGCGAGAGCCUCAAGCUGGCUGUGGUCAAGAAUGCCUGGCUGGCUGAGCGGCUGGGCGGCCCGCUCUUCAGUGUCAUCUUCAAGUACGAGGUUCCGGCCGAGUGAGGCUGCCCCGCCAGACCACCUGCUGUCCCUUUUGGGCCCAUGCUUUUCCUCGGUGAGGAGCCUGAGUCACCCCGGAGCAGGGCAACUCUGCCAUGCUGGUGAUGGACAGCGUGCGCGCCAGGCUGCAUCACAGAGCUGUCCUGUGAGAUGCUUGGAUUGAAGUGUAUUUAACUGUUAAAUAACCUUUUAUAUACACACACACACACACACAUAAACAUAAACAUAAGUACCU